AGGUGCAAAGCCUGACUCAUUUCUCUAUUGAGGGAAGCCACCGUCUGUCUCUGUGGCUAGGUUGAAAUAACAUACAUGCAUUAUUUUACCAUUUUUAUUUAGUAUUUAGCGGGUAUUUUAAUAAGAGUGACAUGGUUUACCCUGGGCAGUGAAGAAUUAAAGAGGCAGAGGUCACGCUGAGCAGCUAGCAGUUUGUAUUAGCAAACAGCUUUAGCAUUAAGUAGUUCAGUCUGGGGCAGCGCGAGCCUGAAGCCACACCACUGAGCUGCUCGUGGUUGUUUUUCAAACACUACUGCGGGCCACUGCUCGGGACGGGAAGACGGGAAAGGUUUUUGACGAGUAUGGACAGUAUCCUGGACAGUCUCUCCACAUCUGAGUUUAUCAGCAUAUGUGUUCGAGACCCCAGGCUUGUUAGGGAUGAUUUCUGGCACACACACAUCGACUAUGAGAUCUGUGUCCAUACAAAUAGCAUGUGCUUUCGUAAGAAGACUUCCUGUGUGAGGCGGCGUUACAGCGAGUUUGUCUGGCUGCGUCAUUGUCUGGAGCAGAACGCUUUGAUCAUAAAGUUACCCAAGUUGCCGCCAUGGAACCCGUUCAUCAGCUUGAGGAACAAGGAGCAGAUCUCUAACAGGAUGCAGGGCCUGCAGGAGUUCUUGGAAAAUGUUCUUCAUACACCUCUGCUGUUGUCAGACAGUCGGCUCCAUCUGUUCCUCCAGUCUGAUCUGAGCAUCAGAAGGAUGGAGCGGUGUGCUCGAGGUAAAACACGCUACUCAGUGGGUGAAGCUAUUCAGCGCUCUGGCAGCACCAGCAGUAGCAGCAGCUACAUCAGCAGGCUGGAGAAGUCGUCCUCCUGUGACUCUGACAGUGAAAGCAGCUCCUCUUCGUCAGGCUUUGGGCUGAGUGUGGACACCACGCUGCGAGGAAGCCCCCUCCCGUUCUCGGACUCCCCCGAUGAAGACCCUGAGCUGUGCAGCUGUCUCACCCAAUCCCAAACCUCGUUAGGUGCGUCCUGAAGCACAGCAGUUUUACCUGACCACCUGCCCUGUGGUCAUUAAUUUAUCUGCUUGUUUGUGAUACUACAUAGAGCUCUCGCUUUUCUUAAUCAGUUAGAGCAGAAUGCUUUGUUUUACUUUUGUUAUCAGCAUUAUUGUCAAAUUUGUUUUAAUCAUUUACUUUUUUUCUUAAAGUCAUACUUUGUUGAUUUAAUUGUGUACACAAAUACUUCUGUUUUAAAAAAAUGUAAAGUAAACUUAAAUUUGUGAAAGGAAUUCUUAAGUAUUAAGUAUAUUUUUAUCUGUACUGAAGCUGUGCUGUGGCUGGCAAAGAAUGUGUUUCGAAUGAGAGAUUUUACAAAAAUAAGAAUUGUAUAAUUUUCUAAUGAAUAAAUAGUCCUUUUUAUAGAGAGAA